UGCCAAAACUCCAAAGCAAAACAUUUUAUAUAUCCUACUACUAAACUCUCAUAUUUCCGAAUUACAAUGUCUAGGCUACAUAAUCUUAUGGGGAAGAUCAAGAACAAUCUUCUUCAAUUAGUUCCAAAAUUAGAUGAUGUCCAAAUUGUGGAAACACCAAGAGCAAAAGAUGAAGACAUACCAAAUGAUGUUAAAGAAGGAUACUUUGCUGUAUUUUCAGUGAAUGCAGAAGAACAACCAACAAGGUUUAUUGUAGAACUACAUUGGCUUACUGAUCCAUCAUUCUUGAAAUUAAUGAAACAAACUGAAGAUGAAUAUGGAUUUGGACAAAAAGGUGUUCUUGAAGUGUAUUGUCUUGCUAAGGAAUUGCAAAAGAUUUUGGAAAUCAAAUUUGCAGUUUAAUUAGAUAUAUCGCGAAGCAGAAAGACUAACCUGAUAUAUUAAGCUCCUGCUAUGCAAGGAAACAGGAAGUCUUUCCCUAAUUUGGAUAUCAUAAUAUAAGUAUAUGGUUUAAUUUACUAAACUUUUUUUUCUGUUUAUGUAACUAUAUAUUGAGUCCAUCUCUAAAACUAGAAUUGUGACUUACAUCAUGUUAAGGACUAUUAUUAUUAUGUUAUAUAUCUGAAGUACUAGAAUAUCUGUGUUGUUUGGAUGGUUGAUAACUAUUGUAUUGUGUUGUGUUGUUCGUUUAAAUAUAAUAUUUAUUUCCUAAUAGUUCAUGUUUUAUUGUAUUGUAUCACUAAAGCUAUGUAAUAAUGAAGAGUCCUAUUUUAUGUUACAAUUAAUUUGGUGUGA